GGGUAGAAAGAAGGCACGAUUGAGGGCACUCGAGAAGUGCACUUAACGAGUCGCUCGCUCGUAAGCUGAACCCUCAACCAAUCGCCUCCGGAACUGGGCGGAGAGAGAGAGAGAGAGGUGGGGGGCCGCCGGCAAUGGAACGGAGCGGCACCGUCCUCCAGUCCGCUCCCCAGACCGCUCGCCCUCCUUCCAUCCCCUGUUGGCCCCUCUUCCCUCGCUCCCACAACCCCCCUCGAUCGACUGGUUGCGGCGUUGCAAGGCUUCGACAUGGGAGGUGUACUCCAUGGGUCGCCGAGCAGUUGAGGUAUUGUUGUUGUUUGAAUAAAAAGAGGUACUUGCUGGUGCAUAAGGUUGUACAACAUUCUAUGGCAAGAGUUUUUAGCUCAGGUGGACCACAGGAAACAAAUUUAGGUAGUGAAGAAAUGAAGAAAGAUAAGUUUCUUAUUGAUUGUGGAUCAGAUCAAGAAUGUGUGCUUGGAGGUAUAGUGGCCUUAGGCAAGUUUGACGCUCUUCAUACUGGUCACCGCGAACUUGUCAUACAAGCAUCAAAAGCUGGGAGUCCUUUCCUCCUUUCUUUUGUUGGAAUUGCCGAAGUACUUGGUUGGGAAUCAAGGCCUCCUAUAGUUGCACAAUGUGACAGGAAGCGUGUACUCGCUUCCUGGGCUCCGUACUGUGGUAAUGAAGUUCCCUUGGAAUACCAGGUUCAAUUUUCAAUUGUCAGGCAUCUUACCCCACGGCAAUUUGUUGAAAAGUUAUCUAAGGAGCUAAAAGUAAGUGGAGUAGUUGCAGGUCAGAAUUACAGAUUUGGAUACAAGGCAUCUGGUGAUGCAUCAGAGUUGGUGAGACUCUGCAAAGAAUAUGGUUUGGCUGCAUUUAUUGUAAGCCCCGUUAUGGACAAGAACCAAAGAUCCUAUAACGGUGCUUAUAGAAGCAUCAAUUCAAGUGACAAAGGUCAGGUAUCAUCUACACGUGUUCGGCAUGCUCUUGCUAUGGGCGAUGUGGAUUAUGUGGUGGAACUUCUUGGUAGAAAGCACCGGCUCGUGCUGUCUUUGGAUAAACAGUUUUGCUCACAGAAACGGAUUUUGGUUCCCAGGUCAUGCAUGUUGAACCAGCCACCAAAGGAUGGUGCAUACUACAAUUGCACCAUUCUUGUGGAUGAUAAGCUUAUUGGACCUGCGAGUGUGGUCAUUGAUACUGACAACAUCAAUAUAGAGUUGGAUGAUGAGAGCUUGGAAGCACAAGAUAUCACCCUGGAUCAUCAGUUCAUUGGUAUAGAAUUCGGAUAGCUGAUGCUCCUGUGGGACUUGAAUGAUCCUUGUAGAUCUCCAAGACAUUGUGUUCUUUUCAUUUGACCAACAAAUGUGGACCCUAUACAGCUCGUCCUACAAUCAGCACCAUAGUUCUGGAUGGUGAUUCAUCGAGUAAACAAACAAGUUCUAGUUUGAUGUGUUCAUGGUCCGGGAGAAAAAAAUGAAUGUAGCGGUGGAUGCUUCAUAUUUUUAUUUCUCUUUUAAGCAAUGGAAGUGUCAAAAAAUUUUCUCUAGGACGAGAAAAUUUGAGCCAACAUAAUGCUAGAUUGUAAUCCUCUUUCGUAUCUUGCUUUAGCUAUUUAAGUAGAUGUGAUACUGCUCUGUUGUC